UCAAAGAUCAUUUUUCAAAAAGCCACUUUCUCCUAUAAUGGAAGAGUUUUCUACUCCUCAAAGUGAUAGUAAUUCAAGUGAUUACAAUGACUUGUCAAAAGUAACACAUGAAUUAAGAUCACUUAAGCUUUGGAAGAAGCAAGAAGCCAAGCAAAAACUUAAAGAAAAACUUGAAAGAGAGGCUCAACUUGCUAUCUUAGAGGAAGAGAUUCAUUUAUUAAAGGAGAAAGAAGAGAAAUUUCACCACAAGCACCGAAGUAGACAUAGCUCCCAACAUAGUUCAACCCUAGGAGAGUCACUGAAUGAUGAUAGCCUUGCUUUAGGAGAUCAUUAUCAACCACCUCCUAGAAGGGUGCAUAGGACCCCCAAGCCAAGGGAAUCUAGGGUAGAUCUCCCUUAUUUUCAUGGAAAGGAUGAUGUUGAGGGGUACCUAGAUUGGGAAAUGAAGGUGGAACAAAUCUUCACUUGCCAUCAAGUGAGUGAAGAAAGAAAAGUCUCCCUAGCCACUCUAAGUUUUCAAGGUCACGCCAUGUAUUGGUGGACUUCUUUAGUGAGAGAUAGGCGUCUCCAUAAUGACCCUCCAAUUCAAUAUUGGAAUGAAUUAAGGAGUGCCUUGAGGAGGAGACAUAUUCCCUCUUACUACACUAGGGAGCUUAUCAAUAAACUCCAAAGACUCCAUCAAAAAAAUAUGACUGUGGAAGAGUAUAGACAAACGAUGGAGUUAUACUUAAUGAGGGCUGGUAUUAGGGAGGAAGAAAAUAUUACCAUUGCUAGGUUUUUAAGUGGGUUGACUUUUGACAUAAGAGAUAAAGUGGAGCUUCUCCCUUAUAGGGAUUUGAAUGAUUUGGUUCAACUUU